ACAUCUACCGGUUCUACCUGCAACCACAGAGCCUUUCUCCAGGGGACUAUUUGAGGAAAAAACAUCAGGCAACAUUCAAUCGGUUUCAGUGAGGAAUCAUUUGACAGACUCGAACACGCCUUCUCCACUGUGGAUCGAGAGAAAAAGCGCUUUUUUCCCCCUACUCCGUUUCAAAAAUCCUCAUUGAGUGAGCUGAGCAUAAGUAAUUGAACGCACCGGCAUGUUAACGUGUUUGUCUCUGGUCGUCGCACACAAGUAGCCCGCUGUCCUCUUGUUUAUUCUGGACCACGGUCGGGGUGCUCCGCCGCGUUCAAAUCGCUCACAUCGGUGUCAACUGGUGGACUUUUAAAAUCUUCAAGUUUCACCGACAAACAUUUGUGCCAUGGAGCUGAGUUCAGUGAUCCUAACCACAGGCAGCGCCGUCGGAUUCUUCAGACUAGUCAACGCCGGAGUGUGUAAACUCCCCAUACCUGAGUCUGCCUGCAGGAAUGUAUGGAAAUGGAAAAACAUCGCCACAUCGUUCGUGCACAGUUUCAUCACAGCGAUAUGGGCAGUGUCUUGCUUUUUCCUUCAUCCACAGAUGGCUGAAGAUCUGAUAGAAACUCACUCCGUGUUUUCUCAUGCAUUGGUGUCGUUUUCAAUCGGUUACUUCAUCUAUGACUUCUUCGACAUGGUGCGGAACCAAAAGCUGAGUCAGUCCUGGGAGCUGCUCUUUCAUCACAUCGUGGUGAUCACCUGUUUCGGCCUCUCUGUGGUGUCAUGCCGCUACGUGGGCUUUGCCGUGGUUGCCCUGUUGGUGGAGAUAAACUCUGUGUUCCUCCACCUCAGGCAGAUGCUGCGCAUGUCCAACAUUGCCAAAGGUACACAGUAUCGCAUCAACAGCAUGAUCAACCUGGGAACAUACGUGGUGUUUCGCAUCAACACGCUGGCCUGGAUGACCCGCUGGCUGGUGCUCAACAGGGACAAGGUUCCUCUCCUGGCUUACACGCUGGGCAGCGUGGGUAUGGCCAUCAUGACCGCUAUGAAUAUUGUCCUCUUCUGUCGGCUGCUCAGGAGCGACUUUUUAAAGAGCAGCACUCGGGAGGCGAAGAAAGAGAAAGAGAUGUAGAGAGGAGGAAUGGGAAGAGACACAAGAAGGAUUAGAUUCAAAAACACACACACACACUCGUUACUGUAUAUUAACGCCCUGUGGUUGAGAUUUGGUACUGUUUUGCCUGUGUGUAAAAUAUAUUCAUAGCUGGGAGACAGAGGAAUCUGUGGAUCUCUUAUACUGUACAGGUACUUAAACUGUAAUCAAAAGGCUUCAUUUCAAAUACUGAUCACAUCCGUAAUGCUGAAAGCUACUUUCCCUUUCAGUUGUAGUUUUGAUAGGUUUGGCUUGUGCGCGUGUGUGCUACAGGCAUCGUCACCUGAACACUAAGAGGCCUUGUAAAAAGACACCUAACGCCUUAUUAUCCCACAGGGUGUUUCAGAUAAAUCUAUACUAAAAUGUAGCUGAUAAGUGAAGACACACUGUUCAUAAAAGCAACCCUCCAACACCCACAUAUAAAGCCAUGGGAAACAGAAAGUAUAUAUAAUAGAUCUUAAGAUGCAUUAUGAUAAUAACCUUUUAUUCAUAUAUAUGUAUAUGUAUAUAUAUAUAUAUGUAUCUAUGUAUGUUAUAUACCCGUUAUGCUGUUUUGGGAUAUUUAAAAUCUCAGAGUUUUACAUUUCCACAGAGUUUUUACUCCGUGGAAUCGAAACUCUCAUGUUUAACACUCGCACUGCAGUGGUGAAUGUCUUUUCCACCAAAUCUCCUCAUCUAAAAACCGCCUGCUACCUCAGAGGACUUGUAACAGUUCUUUGCCUCUUUCUAACACAAGCUUUGCUGUCAGUGCUUGGCAGUUUUGUUUUGUUUUUUUUGUUGUUAGCGAAGAAAAUGAUAAAUAACGAGAACAUUUUUGUCUGUGUAGACUGAAGAAAUCCUACAAAUACAAAUCCUCAUUUAGCAAGAGAAUAGAUUGAGGAAUGAAUACUAAAUUAAAAUAAAACAACAGAUUUUACUUUAAUGACAUAGUUCAAAACAGCAUGAUAUUCGAUAGCCAAACAAUUCUAACAAUGGUAUGUUUUGCCAAAUUGUAUUAUGAGAAUUUGGAAAAACAUGAAUAAAUCAGGGAUAUCAGGGUUUACAUACAUUGGAAUUACACAGUACAACCCUUAAAAAGCUUGUGCCCUGCAAGUAUGGCAACGGCACUGUCCGCCAACCAGAUCUUUGUGUCAGUGAAUCUUGGAGGAACAAAACUACACCGAGUAGAUUCUGACUCGAUUAGCUCAUGGAUCAAUUGCAAUAGCAAAAAGGGAGAGAGGGUCCCACCCGACCUCCCAUCAGCAAUCACCGGUGACAUCACUGUCCGUCAGCAGUUGCUUUCAGAUACAGUUUACAACAGAAGUGAGAUCACCCCUGUGUCAUAUCACUUACAUGUCACAUGGUUCAAAAUUGUAUCACCUUUCAGUAAUUGCAUCAUUUCUACAUGGAACAGUAGGGUGUUGGCUCCUUUGUGAAAUUAAAAUUAACAGCUUAGAUUUAUUAUAUUAAAAAUACAGGGACUCUGUGCAACAAGUCUUUUCAUGAGUAAAAGCUUAAUCUUUUAGUUUUUCAAUACUUUGUAUGUCCACCGUUAUUUUUAGAUAAUAUAGCAUAGUACUGGAAUAUUUCUCUUCUGUGAAGUUUCUGCAGCUCAGGAGUCAUCUUGUCAGCCAGUAUUUUGAUAUAUCACAUGAGCAUUCACGGUGACAUCUAUAAACAUAACCUUUUGCACUCAUGCAGCCCCAUAUCGCUACACUUCCACCACCGUGCUUCACUGUAGGGACUAUGCAUUCACUGUGGAAGUCCUGGUCAGAUGUGUGCAAAACAUGCAUCUGAGCCAAACAAAUCCACUUUGGUCUUAUCUGACCAAAGAAUGUGCUCCCAGCAUUCACUGGGCUUAUUUGCAUGUUCUUUAGCGAAUCUUCAUCUUGGAGUAAAGUGCCAGACAGCAAGCAAGGGGUUUUCGUCUUAAAUGCCGUCCAUGGAGGUUGACAUUUUGCCCUCAAACAGUUUGAGCUUGUCACAGACACUCAGAUUUCCUUUGAUAACCCCUCUGUCAAGUCUGUAGCACUUGUCCAUCUGUUUUUCAUCAGUAGUGCCGCUGUCCCUGGUGUCACUUCAGAUGUGUCAGAUUUUCUGCUCCACUGGCUAUUCUUUUCCCAUGUGGAGCCAUGAUGCAGAUGUACAGUUAGACACAGCCCAUAGUUUCAAAACUGAGACUGUCCUUGCAUUCACAGGCCAAAUUUUAACCAUUUAUAUACACUUAGGCUAAUUGGAAAUCAUAGUUGUACCCAGUUUUGUGUUGGUGAUUACAGGUGUGUUUACAUUUGUUGCACUGAGUUUCUGCUUUGGGGCCUGUAUUUUCAAUUUAGUUUUUACAACGCGUUUGUUUUUGGCUUUUCAUACAAGGAAAUACUCUACUUUUCAACACAGAAAUACUGCAAUAAUUAAGGGGCGACACAACUUUGAAUAAUUGAACAUUAAGGUGAUGCUGCUCACUUGUGUUGUAGACUGUGUGCUGGACUGGCUGCUGCUUUUAUGAGUACACUUGAACCAUAUGAAAUGACAGGAAAACAAAACGAGUAAAACAAUGUAGACAGUGCUGUAUAACAAACUGCCAUUAAUAUUUUCAUAAAGUGUAUAUAUAUUCCUCUAGCAUACUGUGAUGUGUACAGUCUGCAGUAGGAGCUUUCAGACAGGCAGGAGUUGCCCUUCUUCGUGUAGCUUAUGGAGGACAGCAUAUUCCUUAACAUCACCUCAGUGACCUCAACACCACCAAGACCACCAGAGAUGUUUGUAUUGUCUAACUUUUUUUUCUACAUCUGUGCCAUCCUUGCCUUCAAUCGGAAUUUGCCUGCGUGCACAGAUAGAUGCGGAGAAGUUCCUGAGGUGUGCGCUGGAACAAACAGGUCUGAGAUCUGUGAAUACAGCAAACUGUUACACACACGGCUGCCUAGUCUUUCGAUUUAAAACGUCACAGUCCUUAUAUGUCAUGAAAAUAUUUGAUGCCAUUUUUUUUUCUUUGCGUCGUUGCUUUUUUGUGUGUGUAUAAUCCGUGUUUGAUUGGUUAAUUGUUUAUUUUUGUAAUUUAUUUGUGCCACAAAUAAGUGGUGGAUUAAAGAUGAAAUGAACACAAUGUUCAAUGAGGUUUCCUGUCGUAAAAGAAUAUGAUGAUUUUUAGUGAAGCUGAUGUGAUCAUGUAAGUGAUGUUGGAGGGCAUUUUGCCACUUUUUUUUUUUUUUUACCAGAUACAAUUUUCUCUGUGAGGGCGAGCUCUUAGUCAUCUCAAUUUGAAUCUGCUGAAGUUCACAGCCUAAAACCAAACUGCCCGACCACAUUACAAACACAGCAGCACAUUCAGAAUGUCAACUGUACAGACUUGCUGUCAGUUCAAAGGAAACAUCACACCCAAGUUAUAAAAUCUGAUGCGAGCACUUAAAGCUGGAGCUGAUGAAGUAACAGCACCAGUCCACAAUUUGAACCAUUUUGCUAAUUUAAAUCCCUGCACUAAUAAAACAACACUGUUUGGAAGCAGACAGUGUUGUUUUAUGAAGCUUUAUUACCUGUCUUUUGUUUAAAGAUUAGCAUAGCUCCCUUUUUGAAUUUCUAUUGUGAAUGUUAUUUUGCUUUGUUUCAUAUUUUAGAGCAGCUUUGUGGUUGUAGUGAAGACAGCUGGUGGCAAUUGAAGUUUUGUCUAACAAGCAAGCUUAAUAUUGUGAAUGUGUUGUAUAAGGCCGUAAUGUUGUAAUGGAGUUAUGCAUAUGUGAUGCAAUUUGUUCAUUAUGUUGCUGUGUGCUUAAAACCGAGGAGCCAAGUCCAGACGCCACCUUUUAUUAUCGUCUUAAAGACACUCCUGGACAUCGGCCAAAAAACAAACAAAAAAACACAAGCUAUUGUGCUGCUUUCUGCACUCCACUUCUUACACUUUUUGAUACCUGUAUCACUUGGAUUUCCAAACAUGACUGAACCAAAGCCUCAAGAUGAUGCUUUGGUUUUUUAUUUGUGACUGGUGGACACAAGGACAACAAUUUUUGGAUGUAGUUGCAGAGAAAGUGGUAGUGAUUAGGAACUUAUGUUGCCAUACAGCCUCACGUUCCUCAUCAUGCACAAUAAAUGUGGUGGUUGACUGUAUCGGUCCUCAUCUUUUAGUUAUUAGAGAAUGAGGAAAUACAUGUUUCUCUAUCACAACCAACAACAGAUCAUGCUUACUAUAGAAUUACAUUCUUUCUUUUUUUUUUUUUUUUUUGUUGGUCACUGGUGAAAUCACCACAGUGGAGACUAUUGAUACUGUGCAGCUAGUUGAGGACUUCAAAAAAAAAAAGACCUGAAAUACUGUAUUGAAGCAAUCAAGAUCAACCGAAGUUCUGAAAGUAAAAUCAUCUGCUUUCUCUGGCGCAUCAAACUGUCACAUUUAUAUAUAGCAGUGUACAUAUAACAGUUUUAUUUUUUCAUGUUUUGGCAGAAAUUGUUUUGUAAUUAAAUUUCCAAUUCAUAUGUUUAUAUGAUAACAUUAUUUGUUUAACGUGAUAAUAAAGAGCAAAGAAAUAAA